ACAACAAAUGUUCUAAGUGUGAACUAGGCAGCUAAGAUGCAGAGCUGAGGGCACCGAUGUUAGACAAUGAGUGCUGGGCAAGAAGUCACAUUUAUCAGAUUCUUUUUUUUUGUCUUUCCUAUAGUGGACUAAUACAAGAUUUUUACAAUAUCUUUGGACUGCACAUUUUUUUCCUACACUUGGAUUAAGGAUGGAAGUUAAUACAGAUUGUAAAGGAUUUAUUUGAAAAGGGUGAAUCUACAAUUUUCAUAGUCAUGAAAAUAAAGAAAACUCUUUGAAUGAGAAGGGCAUUUCAUGUGUGUCAAGAAGGAUCAGAAAGCAGAGACCAGUGGGAUCUGGGAAACAUCAGAACAGGAUUGACAAGGGAUUGGAGGAGCAGAUGCAGCAAUGGCUUACUACUUUACACAAACAAAGAACCAAGACCAAUGGCUACAGGGAAGCUAAUGAAAGGAGUUGACAUCAUUCUUCAUACAGCACACUGCUUGAACUUUUGGAUCCUACAUUUUUAAGGUCCUCACUUUGCUCUGUCCCAAAAAGUUUGCGAACAAUGGGAAACUAUGUUCUAGUCUCAUGGAUUACUGCACUGUCACUGAUGGCAAUAUUAACUGAGGCUGACAUUAAAAAAAGUAACGCUUUCAUCACAGAAUCAGAUCCAGCCCGAUGUAUGAGGCACCAUUAUGUAGAUUCUAUUAAUCAUCCACAGCACAAAUGCACUGCAAAGAUGGUACUGCUGGCCCGGUGUGAAGGACGCUGCAGUCAGACAUCCCGCUCGGACCCCCUUGUUUCCUUCAGCACAGUUUUAAAACAACCUUUUCGCUCCACCUGCCAUUGCUGCCGGCCGCAGACCUCUAAGCUAAAAGCAAUAAGGCUUCGGUGCUCUGGAGGAAUCCGUCUCACCGCCACAUACCGAUAUAUUCUUUCCUGUCACUGUGAAGAAUGCAAUUCUUAGGGGCACAUUUCACAGACAACUGGAUUGGGAAUUUUUAAAAUGGACAUCAAAUUAUGUGAUUUAUUUUUAUGAAGUGUUAUUUGUGAAUUAAAUAAAAAGUGAUACAAAUACUAUUGUCAUACAGUGUGCAAUGAAAGUGAAAUAGUCUCGUAAUGUUAACGUUUUCUGAAGAUUCAUUACAUUUCUGGUCCAGAUUGUAUAUGUUCCAAUGUAUGGACCAUGGACUCACUAUCAAUAUUUUCUGUACAGAGUAUUCCUCUAUGUAUUUUUUAAUCAUUUCAUUCCCCGGGUUUAAUAUUUUUAUGAAGUACGGAUGAAUUAUGAAAACUGGGCAGCAAGCUGGGUUAAACAGAACGAGCUGCCAUAACAUAAUGGA